GUACCCAUGUUUGACCUAUCCCAAGAGAACGAUUUCUCGUGAACCAUCUUUCAGUAUGUUAUGACGCAGCCGAAACGUUUCAGUUUUCGGAUUCGCUCGGAAAACUCGGAGGUCUCGGGGCCUCGGUCUCUCUUAUGGAGGUUCCCUCGUGUGUCCCUCUUGUGCCAUAAUCCGGGUCAAGGCAGAGAAACAUGCGAGGAGAAACAGCAAACUUCCUCACAAAAAUCCAGACCGAUUGCCACGAGACACGUAUAUAAAAACCCAGAAAUGCCUCAGCAGUGAUAGCUACUACUACUCAAGUACUCACAUCUUCUACACACGUUCAGAUACACUAUACCUGAGACCGCACCUAUGUUCAGCGCAAUCCUCCCCGGUACUGCUACGCCUAAUCCCGGCCGUUCUGCCUCUCCUCACAACAUGACCUCUGAACAGAGCCGUCCGGCGCAGCCCGCGCCCACACCCCGUCGACGUCGCAUUGUGGUUGCAAUGACGGGCGCCACAGGAGCAAUGCUCGGUAUCAAAGUGCUGAUUGCUCUACGUCGACUGAAUGUCGAGACUCACUUGGUCCUGAGUAGAUGGGCCGAAGCUACAACCAAAUACGAGACGGACUACCACCCAUCGAACGUCAAGGCUCUUGCCGACCACGUGCACAAUAUCAACGACAUGGCGGCACCGAUAUCGAGCGGGUCGUUCCGCGCGGACGGGAUGAUCGUGGUACCCUGCAGCAUGAAGACUUUGGCAGCCAUUCACUCAGGAUUCUGUGACGAUCUUAUCUCUCGCACGGCGGACGUCAUGCUAAAGGAACGACGGCGGCUGGUCCUGGUGGCGCGUGAGACGCCGCUAAGCGAGAUUCACCUGCGAAACAUGCUUGAAGUGACACGCGCCGGUGCAGUCAUCUUCCCCCCCGUACCGGCAUUCUAUAUCAGAGCGGCCGGUGUCGAUGAGUUGAUCGAUCAGAGUGUCGGACGCAUGUUGGACCUAUUUGACCUGGAUACUGGAGACUUCGAGCGAUGGAACGGCUGGGAAAAAUGAAAGGGGGAGUAUCUUCGGUCGCAUUUUGAUCUUUAUGGGGCGCAUAUACCUCGUUUUUUGAAUUCAAAUGGGUUUGAUUUCAGGGGCGUGAUCUGCUUUUCU